UGUGUCCACAGAGGAGGACAGCAAGUCGAAGUUAUGCAGAAUGAAGUGUAAGGUGCAGUAAUCCCCAAAAUGUAAUGUCCUCAUAUGAGGACACAGGGUCUCAGGAGGAUGUAGGGGAGUGUACCCACUUCCUCCUUGGUAACCUACCCAUCUACCCAGUGGCACACCCACCUCAUCAACUACAACUACACCACUUUAAUGUAGUAUGUAGUGGAAUGAAAUAAUAUAUAAUAGCAGUGAUAAUGAUAUGAUAUAGUAUUUUGAAAUAUAUAUUACGUUUAGUGCUGCUGGCACUAUUAUUAUUGUUGUUAUAUAAAUAAUGAAUGCAGCAUAUAUUGGGUACAGUGUGUACAGUGUGUUGUGCUGCUCCCCUCCUGCGAUGAACACUUGUAGGUACAACCUCCUCUGAGCAUGCGCAGAACGACCGUCCGCCGCCUGUAUGUGCUCGCAGACAUCAUCAUCACAGGUUGAGCUGCACAUCCUCCUCUUCUUUCACAAGGAGGGACCUUCUUCAUCAAAUCCGUGCUCCUCUUUCUGUCCCCGCCGCCGCCGCUGCUGCUGCCGCCGCGGUGUGAGAACAACCAGCACGGAGGGAGCAGAAGCCAUAAGAUGAAGAAACGCUAUGUGGACGCGAGCAGGCUACGGAAAAUGAAAAAGCUGAAAAUAACGGAGAAGCUGUCUGAGAGUGCGUACACCUUCCUGAAGUUUAUGAUGAUGUGGACGCUGGUGCUGCUGGCAGAUUUCAUCCUCGAAUUCAGACUGGAGUACUUGUGGCCAUGCUGGCUCUUCUUCGGGAGUGUGUACACCACUUUCCACUGCCACGGGCUGGUUAUUUGUGUUGUUUUUGUUUGUGCUGCCUUCACUCUUGACAUCUUUUGUUUAAUUUUUGUUCCUUUGCACUGGCUGUUCUUUGUGGCCAGCACCUAUGUGUUGUUCAAUUACAUAUGGCACACAGAGAAAGGCAUCUGCAUAUCAACGGUGUCCCUGUGGAUCCUGCUUGUGUACACAGAGGCUUCACUUCGACUCAAGGACCUUAAAACCUCUCAUGCCAACCUGUCUCAUCUUUUUGCUGCACACUGCAUUGGAUAUCCUGUGGUGUAUCUGGGGUUCGAUGCCACCUGCUACUUCACUAACAUUUUCAAGCUGCGCAUACAGAAAGCCGUGCAGAGCGAGAAUGACUUCCACAUGCACCUCCUGCAGCACUCGCUCCCUCCAGGCCUGCAGGUUUACCCCAAGACGGGCACAGAUGGCAGCGGCAGCUCUAAAUGGAAGAUAAAGCCUGAGUCGACUCAGUAUCAAUGUCAGAACGGUGCUGUCAUGGCCCACGAUGAGGUGCACACCGUGGACUGCCUCCAGAUCCGCAGCGAGGAAAGAGCGACAGAGAAAGGAGCACAGGAAGUGAGGUCGGUUGAAUCAAACCGGCGGCCGUUAUCAUCCAAAACUGGUGAGUCCAGAGAUCUGCUCCACUCUGGGGCAGGAGGACCAGAAUCCUCCACACCCCCGGAAAAUCUACCUCAAGAUGAGCAAGGGAGCAAAGCCACACGGGCGGCUAAAAGCUCCUCGCCAAAAGCCCGCAGAGGCAGCACGAACACUCCUUCACCACCUGCGGGGAGGACUGAGAAGAAGCAGAGAUCCAGCUCAAAGACAGUCAGCCCCAACCGGGAUGUAACGGAGAAGAGCGCCACAGCAGCUCAGAACCACCACGCUGAACAGAUGACCAAGCUGGAGCAGGAGCUGAGGAGGCUGAAGGGUGAGCUGCAGGUGAGCAGGCAGAGCGAGCAGGAGCUGCGAAGUCACAUCUGCAACCUGACUAACAGCGAGAGGAGCCUGAGACCAGAGGUUUCCCUGCUCAGACAGUCCAACAUGCUGCUUCAGAGCAAGAUUCUGUGUCUGACUAAAACCAAGCAGAGGGACAAGCAGAGCAGUGCGAUGCUGGAGAAGAAGACCAGAGCAGAGACGGAGGCCAGACUCUCUGUUGAGAAACAGUUGGCUGAGCUUCAGGCUCAGAAACUGGAGGAAGCAGCUAGCACAGCACGGAGUCUAACAAACAGGCAGGAACACUGUGAAACCCAAAUGUUAAGGAAAAGAGUUAAAGAUCUAGAGACAGAGUACAAACAACUACAGCUGGAGUGUCAAGUCAAACAGAGUCGUGUGGUAGAGCUAGAGAGUGAUGUUGAGGCUUUGGGGAAGUACCGCUGUGUGGAGAAAGAGACGGACAUGCUGCUGUCCACUCUGUCAGCCAUGCAGGAGAAGGCUCAACAUCUGGAGUACAACCUGAGCGCAGAGACUCGCAUCAAACUGGACCUGUUCUCGGCUCUGGGAGACGCCCGCCGACAGCUGGAAAUCGCUCAAGAUAAAGUGAUGAAGCAGGAUCGGGAGAUAAAGGAGAUGAAGCAGAAGAUCGCGGAGGUGAUGGCCGUCAGUCCCGGCGUAUCUUACAUGGCUCCUCGGCCUCCGGUGCCGCAGUAUCUCACCAAGUUACUCAACUCUGAGCGCUACAUGCUGAAUCCACGAGCACUAAUGUACCAGUGUCUGAAGAAAUAACAGUCUGUCAUCGCCUUUUCGUGAUCCUCAGACCCCUCCAUCUUUAAACAUCAGGGGAAGAAGAGGCUAAUGGAUUUUAUCACAGAGCUAAAUGACACCACAAAGUCAUCUACUUCCAGCCAUGAGUGGAACCAGAACGAGCCUCCACUAGUUGAAUGCCUUUUGCUGCACUGAUGGUGCUAACUUUACAUUAUCAUCUGUUUUACCUGUUUCCUCUCACAUCGAGGGUCGAAGAGUUUCACUCCAAAAUGACAUGCAGAGCUGCUGGAGGCACAAGUUUUUAUGUAAAGAUACCCUCGUCCUGACAGCAUCAGAGAAAAGCACAACAUGUCUUUAAAAUCAGACCCUGCAGAUUUGUCUAAGCAAGUGAUUUCUGGAUAUGUAAGUUUAAAAUGUACAAGGAGAUAAAUCAUGCCACCCUGCAAACCUAUUAUCUUACUGAAGGCAGCUUUAAAAGGUUGAUUAACUAGGGACAGAAUAUUUCCUGGUAUUACGGUAAAACUACACACUCAAAAUGUCGUUAUGAAAAAUAUUCAAGAUUUUAGGGACUAUAAUAACUUUCCUUUUAAUUAUACAGAAUGAUCUUGAUCUGCAGGGACGUUGACUAAUGAAUUCAAAAGAACAUUUUUUAAAUCUUGUUUGUUCUUAGUUUAUCUUAGAAAAAAUUUAUCUAAUAAACCUUCUUCACAGCAGACAUUUUGACUUGUCAUAAGAAAGCACAGAUGUUAAUGAUAAGUUUAACAAGCGAGCCAGCAUUAACAGUACCACAGACCCUAAAACUGAAGCAGCUAAAUGGAAUUCAGCCAUCAUUCAUUUCUGUUUAUACAUAUGUGCUUUUCUCUCUUUGACACGUCAAAAGCCCCGUUUCCACUGAGCAGUACGGUACAGUUUAGUUCGGUACUGUUUCCACUGCAAAAAGUUGUGGAUGGUACCAAUGGAACCGUUCCGUACCGUCCCCAUUUUCGUCCCCCCUCUGUUGGGGUACCUAGCACACAGAUCUGGUCUCAAAAAGUGGAGCUGUGAACUCUGCAGUCUGUUGAUUGGUCAAUAGCGGACGGUCACUCUGCUCAUGGCUGAGUUGAUAUUAUAAUCCUCACUCAGAGAAAAAAAAAAGUGUCGUGGAGCGUAGUUCCUGUGGGCUACGGCAACACUAAACCCCUGAGCUUGCCUGAGAAGGACUGAAUGCACAAACCUGCUAUUUUUAAAUAUCCCAUAGAGAGAGACUCUCACUGCAGCCUGUUCUAUUUUGUUCUGAAAAUAACGGUGUGCAGCCUCGUUCUGCGGACAAUAAACAAGGUGCAGACGCUCCAUCUAUGAGGAAAUACAGUGAGUGCUGGACGGAGCAGUGAGUGACA